AUGUUCGAAUAUCAGUUCGGAUCGAUCAUCACCCAACAUCAAACAACUCCAUCAUUGACAUUCUCUGCAGUAUCAAUAAUGGCAUCAAACUAUGAUGCUCAAUAUUUGCAUGAGGACUACACCCCCUCAGAGACAGAAUCCACGCUGUCAAGCCAGCUGAUCUACACCCCCACAUCGGAGGAUAUGAACGCAUCCAAACUCUCCGCCGACGAUCUCAAGCACAUCGACAUGCUCCAAAAUGACGAAGAACAAGAAGAAGAACAAGCCCCGUUCUUGAACGAGCGGCCCCCAGAGUACGAAAAGGUCAUUUCGGGGAUGCCGACGGAUUCAAAGGAGGGUGGGGGCGGCGAGAAUUUCUACUUCCAAGAUGAAGAUAGCAGCGACAGUAACCCGAGGGGGAAUUGUUAUCGAGGCAAGAAGAAGAAUACCCGUCGCGGACGUUGCCUACUUGGUUUAGUCAGGGGGUUCGUGUUAUUCGGUGUGUUGUUCUGGGUGUAUAGACUGUUGGGGACGAUUUUCAGACCGCCCUGCGCGGAAAACCCCGAACAACGAGAAAUAACCAUCGACAACGGGCCCCAGAGUAUCCAAGGCCGAUAUCCCCUUUUCGACUUGUUAUCCCUUUCCACCACCACCGGCGACAUCACGGUAAGCGUAGUCCCGCAACUCGCUAGCUCUGAAUCUCCCGAUGAGCCGGCUCGAUUGCGUAUCCGGAGUACGUCGGGUAGUGUGACUGUCUCAUUCUCUGCGCCGGCAGCGGCGUCAAUGCCGGAUGUUGAGAUGGAUAUGAUGAUGGAUGAUAUGGUGAAGGAGGAAGCAAACGAAAAGAAAGCCCUACAGAGCAAACGCAAGAAUGACAAGAGAGGAAAAUUCACCACCCAUAACAGACUCACAAAUAAACAAGGAUGUACCCAGAAGGGUUUCUUCAAAUGGACCAACGCAUGCAAGAGCCACCGCAAGAAUAAGAACAAGAACAAAAAGCGCAUUUUGCCCGCUGAAGAAUCAAAUACUGAUCCUAACUUCCUCCCUCUCCGACCUUACGAGAUUGACAUCCAAACAGAGACUGGGUCCAUCGCUGGCCGAUUCCUGGUCUCUUCAUCUGUUCAUCUCGUUACGGGAACUGGGAGUAUCAAUGCAGUUCUGGUACCUGUCACCUCUAUGAACCAGGAUCAAGGCCAAGAUCAUAAUGUGUCCGUGACGACUACAUCCGAAGAAGGCAGUCAGCAGAUUCAUCUCACGGAGCCCUUUUACGCCGACCAAGUCUCAUCAUCAUUAUCAUCAUUGUCUAAGAACAGCCCAGCCUUGGGCCCCAACGCUAACUCUAACUCUGGUAAAUCCGACCCCGCCAUCUCCCACGCAACACACCACAGCAACAGAGGAAGUCUACAAAUCGCGUAUCCCCGCCAAUGGGCGGGAUCUAUUCACGCCCGCUCCGAGGGAAGUGUGAAUGUUGGUGGACUCGGUGUGGACAUUACCAAGGAUAGUGAUGAAGUCGUGGAUGGCGUCAAGAAGUCUGAUACUUCUGAUGAUGAGCGGUGGUGGGGGAGUCGGAUGGAUGUAUCGUUGGAGUCGUCUCAGGGGGCGGUUGCGUUUUAUAGUAGGUGUGCUAUGCGAAGAUAA